AUGCGCUCUACACUUCGGCUACUGGCCAAUGUCAAGCCCCGGUAUUUGGAGCCUUUUGCUCCUACCGGACUGACGGGCCUUUUCACCCACCCCAGCCCUCGUCCUACGCUAAUCUACCUCUACUCGACUACUCUGCAGAAGUUGCAGGCGUUCCCCGAAUCCUCCGCCUACCGCCAAUCUGUUGAAGCAUUGACCCGCCACCGCCUCCAAAUCAUCGAAUCGCAAAAGCCCGUCGGAUUCGAUGCUUGGUUGGAGCGCGUGAAGAAGACCGUCGGAUCCGAACCUGAGCGUUUCGCCAAGGUCCAGCGCUCCGACGGUUCCUUCACCCAUGCUGCUGCCCAACAGAAGGACGGAAGCGACAAUGCUCGCGGUGAAGAAUGGGACGGCGAGGCUCUGUCAGCCUCAACCGAGGGUCCCGCACGUACCCCGCAGCAACAAGCUGAAUGGGCUAAAAUCAUGAACGAGGCCAGCGAGACAACCGAACAGGCCGAGCACGAUUUCUACCACCAAGAAAUGAAGUGGGAAAGCGAGCCCGCUCUUGAUGCUGAUCAGAUCUCUCACGUCGAGCAACAGAUUGGCGCCGGCCUUAUUGAGGAGGUCAUCCAGGUUGCGGAGGCAGAGCUUAAGCUUGUGGAUGAAUUGGCCAAGGCCAAGGUGUGGGAGGAACUCGAGGAGAAGCCCCAACCCGGCCAGUGGACCUACUUCGCACGUGGAAACUAA